AGAUAGAAACUGAAAUCUGAGCUGAGACUAGAGAAAGCUUUCAGAAGAAACCAAUCUAAUUGGAGGCAGAGAAGCCAGGGGUGGGGUUUCUGGUGAAGAAACAGCUGCUAUUCAGAAUCGAAACUUAAAAACUAGUUUCUCUUUUUAAGCUGAAUAAAUACCUGCCAGAGGAAUCAUCUACAAGCUAGCUUAAUUGUAAAGUUAAUACACUGAAUGAAGAAGAAGGAAUAAUGUCAAGAUAUUUUUGGAGUUGGUUCUCUAACCUUUACUCGGAGCCUGCUGAGAAUCUAGAUAAAUUCAUUCAGAAUAACUUGCAACCCCCCAAAAAGGAACUGGAGAAAAUUGAUGAGAGAAUUAACACUAUCUGUGAGUUCUUGGAGAAACAGCAGUCACCGAGUCAAGUGAAGGGUAUAGUUCUGGGUGGAUCCUAUGGCAGAAACACUGUUCUCAAAGGCCACUCCGACGGCACCAUUGUCAUCUUCUUCAGUGAACCUUUUGCAGAGGCCGAUAUGAAGCAGACAUUUAUAAGGGACUUUAAUCUCAUAAAAAUAAUGGGGAAGUUCAAGACAGUAAAUGAAAAACUCCAGCUGGAGUUGACAGAGUCUGAGCUAACCAUUACCUUUGACAUCAUUCCUAUCUUCAGUACUUUGGUUGAACCAAGUGGAUGGCAGACCUCAAGGGAUAAUAAACCAAGCAUCAACACUUACCAGAAAUGGAUCCAUUCAAAGAAAUUUGCUUUUGAAUCACCAUUCUGUUUCACAGAACUGCAAAGGAAAUUUUUCAGCAAUCUCCCCCCAAAACUGAAGGACCUAAUUCUCUUGGUGAAGCACUGGUAUCAGCAGUGUCAAAAGCAGCUGAAGCAAGACUCCUUUCCCCUACAAUAUGCUCUGGAACUGCUGACAGUCUAUGCUUGGGAACAGGGAAGUGGAGAAGACGAUUUCAACAUAGAUGAAGGCAUCCUAACAGUCCUGGAACUGAUCACAAAGUACAAGGAGCUCUGUAUCUACUGGACGGUCAAUUAUGACUUUGAGGAUGAGACCAUUAGGAAUUACUUGCAGUCCCAACUCCGAAAAGACAGGCCAAUCAUCCUAGAUCCAGCAGACCCAAAGAGAAAUGUCGGUGGAAAUGAUCCUAACCUCUGGCAACAGCUGGCCAAAGAAGCGAAAACCUGGUCAACUUCCUCAGCUUUUAAGAAAGAGAAUUCUUCAUCUUGGAAGCCCUGGGAUGUACUGCCAGCAUCUCUUUAUGUAACUCAAGGCCAUAUGCUUGAUAAAUUCAUCUAUGAUUUUCUCCAACCUGAACAAGAAUCCCUGGAACAGAUUAAAAAUGUUGUGAACACCAUCUUCAAGUUCCUGACAGAAAAAUGCUUCAAAGAUUCAACCAUGACUGUUAAGAAAGUUGUGAAGGCUGGAUCUAUUGCCAAAGGCACAGCCCUGAAAAGCAUCUCGGACCCUGAAUGGAACCUGAAUCCAAGAGGCUCUGAUGUAGACUUGGUUGUCUUUUUCAACUGCUUCCAAAACUAUAAUGAUCAAAUUGCGAGUAGGGCCACGAUCAUCAAAGAAAUUCAAAAGCAGCUAGAAUACUGUCCUCUGAAAGAUUUUGAAAUAGAGUUUGCGGAUACAAAAUGGAAGAACCCACGAGUGCUGAGCUUCACCCUGAAAUCUAAACUUCUUAACCGGUGCCAAGAAUUUGAUUUGCUGCCAGCCUUUGAUGCCUUGGGUCCACAGGUUUCAAAGUUUAAACCAGACCCUGAGACUUAUAUCAAACUCAUCGAAUCAUCCAAAUGCAACAGUGGGAGUGAAUUCUCUACCUGUUUCACAGAGUUGCAAAGAGACUUCAUCAGAACUCGUACUACCAAGCUUAAGAGUCUUAUACGCCUGAUGAAGCACUGGUACAAACAGUGUCACAGGAAAUUGAAAAAGAAAGGGUCUCUCCCUCCAAAGUAUGCUGUGGAACUUCUGACAGUCUAUGCCUGGGAGCAAGGUAGUGGGGUGCAUGAUUUUGACACAGCUGAAGGCUUCCUGACAGUUCUGAAAUUAAUCAUGCGAUACAAAGAGCUCUGUAUCUAUUGGACAAUCAACUAUGAUUUUCAGAAUGAAAUCAUCAGGGAUUUCCUAUUGUCUCAACUCACUAAUUCCAGGCCUGUGAUCCUGGAUCCAGCCGACCCCACUGGAGAUGUUGGUGGAGGAGAUCGCUGGUGCUGGCACCUCUUAGCCAGUGAAGCUGAAAUUUGGUUAUCUUCUCUCUGCUUCAAGAGAGGGAACUUUAAUCCUGUAAGACCCUGGCAAGUGCCGACGGUCCAGACUCUAGGAAGCAGUGGGCUUAGAUUUUUUCCCAUUAUAAAGCCAAUAUUCAACAGUACAUGAAGAACAUGAAGUACAUAUUAACGCUGAAGCCACUUUGAAGAAGAUCAGAUGUCAUCUAGAGCUUGUCCCUCACCACUUAAUUUUCAAAAAAAUCUAAGGAUACUUUAUCUAAUAUCUCAUGAUACCUUAUCAAAUCAAAUGUACUCAUUUUCGAUCCUCGUAGUAUGAGACAGUAAUCAACAACUACUACUCAAAAUUCGCCUUCCAUGGCUUUGGUGAUUUUCCUUAUUCUCCAUUUAUUUCUCUCAUUAUUCAUAUCACCUUUAUAGACCUUUUUCUUCCUCCUUUCUUCCUUCCUUCCACUUUAUUGGUGAGGAUCUUCCUCAAGACACUGUCCUUCAUCAUCUGGUAUUUACUCUUGACACUGAAAGCCUUUCCUAAGUAUAUCAUCUAUCCAUGGUAGCCUCUACACUCUUUGCUUUUGCUCCUGCUGUUUUAUUUGCUAGUAGGGGAUAGGAUGGGAUGGGAUAAGAUGGAAUGGAUGGGAUAGAAUAGGAUAAGAUGAGGUAGGACGGUGUGGGAUAGCAUGAGAUAAGAUGAGAUGACCAUUUUAAGUAACUAAAAGGAUAUAAUCACAUGGAAGGAGGAUGGAAGUUUAUUUGUUUGGGCCAUGAAGGAAGGACUAGGCCAAAUGGGUGGAAAUUGCAAGAGGCAAAUGGACAUUAUGGUGUAAACAGAACCCAUACAAUCAAAAUUACAAGGAAAAUAGAAAACCAGGGAAAAUUUUUGCAACAAAUAUCUCUUAUAAAGACCUCAAAUUUCUCAAAUAUGUAAAGAAUUGAGUUAAAUUUGUAAAAAUACAAGUCGGUCCCCAAUUGAUAAAUGGUCAAAGGAUAUCAACAGUCAGUUGUCAGACAAAGAAUUCCAAGCUAUCUAUAGUCAUAUGAAAAUGCUCUAAAUCACAGUUGAUUAGAGAAAUGCAAAUUAAAACAACUCUAAAGUACCAUCUCACAUCUAUAAGAUUCACUAAUAUGAUUUUUAAAAAGCAUGUUGGAUAUUGGAGAAAAUGUACUUAAAUUGGGACAUGAAUGUAUUGUUGGUGAAGUUGUGAAUUGAUCCAAACAUUCUGAACAGUUAUUUGGAACUAUGCCUAAAAGGCUACAAAAAUGUACAUACCCUUUGAUACAGUCAUAGCACUGCUAAAUCUAUAUCUCAGAGACAUUCCCUUCCUCCCCUGCCCAAAAAAGGGAAAAGGACUUAUUAAUACAAAAAGAUUUAUAACUGUUCUUUUU